ACACGGAAUACCGUAAAUUGUGAAUUGUGAUUUUUAUUCAUUGAAAUUUUAAGUUUUAUUUUUAAUUAAAACUUUUUAUAAUCACUUCCUAAAACAAUUUUUUUAAUAUAAAUUCAUAUUAGUUUAGAAAUCUUCAUAAAUAAUAUAAUUAACUGCUAUAAGUACGAAAUCGUACCGAAGUAAAUUCUAUUAUAUUCAAAUGGCAUCUAGAGGUAAACUUGCAAGAAAUGAUCAUUCAAUGACAGAACGACGAUUAAGGCCAAUUUAUGAAUGGAUUGACAAUGGCAAUUACAAAAAAGCAUUACAUGAAUUAGAUAAACUUAUUAAGAAAAUGCCUUCUCAAAAUUGCUCAAAAGCAUUAAAAAGUUUAACAUUAAUACGAUUGGGAAAAAAUCAAGAAGCUGAGAAUCUUUUAGAUGAAGUACGAAAAUGCAAGCCAUCUGAUGAAUCUACUUUGCUAGCUCUAACAGCAUGUUACAGGGAAUUAAAAAAACCUCAGUUAGUUUGUGAGGUAUAUGAGGAUGCUUUACUACAAGAUCCAACUAAUGAAGAAUGGUUAUCUAGUUUAUUUAUGGCCUAUGUCAGAAUAUGUGAUUAUAAAAAACAACAACAAAUAGCAUUAACAUUACACAAGGUUAAACCAAAUAAUCCAUAUUAUUUUUGGGCUGUUAUGAGUAUUGUUAUGCAAGCAUAUCAAUCUAAUGAUGAAAUAUCAAAAAGGAUAACAUUGCCAUUAGCUGAGCGCAUGGUACAAAAAUAUAUUAAUGAAGAUAAAAUUGAUGCAGAACAGGAAAUACAACUUUACUUAAUGAUACUAGACAUGCAAAAUAAACAUAAACAAAGUUUAGAUGUCUUAAAUGGGCCAUUAGGAGACAAAUUACACCGCACUGUUGGUUUGACACGUAAAAAAAUUGAUAUAUAUUUUGAACUUCAAAUGUAUUCAGAAGCUAAUUCUUACCUAAAAGAUUUACUUCUAAAAGACAUUGAUACUUGGUAUUACUACACAAAGUAUUUUGACUCACUUUUAAGAAUUAUUGAAAUUAAUGGAAGAGGUAUUAACGGAAAUGAAGAAGAAAAAAUAUGUACUGAUUUUAUUUACGAUUCAUCUAUAGAAGAAGCAUUAUCUUUUUUGAAUAAGCUUCAAGAAAUAAACUCUGCCCAAAAUUAUCCACAAAGAGGAGUAUAUUUAGCUUAUCUUGAAUUAUUUCUCAGACUACCAAAAGAAGAAGCAAUAAAGUAUUUAGGCUGUCCAAUUAAAUUACUUAUAGAUUAUUUUAAAAUAUUUGGUCAAAAAUCUUGUUGUUUUUAUGAUUUAAAACCAUAUAUGUGUUUAUUGAAUGAUGAUAAACUAUUGCAUAAAUUUAUGAAGGCUCUAGAAGAAAUUGUUAACUUGAAAGAAGGAGAAUUUCCUUAUUCGAAACUUCAAAUGGAACAAUUUUUGUCAAAGCUUCAAUUAGAACGUUAUGUUGGACUACAUGAUCAGUUGAACAUUGACCAAAAAUUAAAUUUAGCAGAUAGAUUGCUUAAAUGUUACCACCGAUGUGAGGUAUUUAAUAACAAUCAACGGUCAUCAGAAAUAAUGGCAAAUGAUACAUUUGUUGUUAUGAUGGCCCAUGUUUUGUAUGAUAUAUGGGUUGAAAGUAAUAAACUUGCAUAUAUUAAAGAAGCAAUAGUAGUUUUGGAGUAUGCAUUUUCAUUGAGUCCUUCAAACUUUCAUAUUAAAUUACUAUUAUUAAAAUACUAUCAUAUGCUUGGAGCUUCUGAUGCAUCAAAUACUGCUUAUACAAAUCUAGAAAUCAAAAAUACACAGUUGGAUUCUUUAGGAUAUUUACAUACAUUUCAAGUUUAUAGUGAAGGUCGUUUUCAAAAUGCAUCAAAAUUAUAUUCAUCAACUGUUAGAUUUUUUUCACAUAAUUAUCGUGAAGUUGCUGAUCAUUUAACCAUAUCUUAUAAAUUUGGUUCUUUUAUCAAAAUUAUUGAAUUUGUAGAAUUUCGAGAAAAACUCAAAAAUUCAAUUCAUCAUUCUAUGAGCUUAAUUGAAAGUCAUUUUAUGUCUUUGCUUGAUUCUGAUAACACAGAUGAUUACUUAGAGAUAAUUUUAAAAAUGGAAGAAAUAAUAGAGUAUUCAAAUAAAUUUCACUUUGAAAAAAUGAUCAAUAAUAGAGAUUAUUCAGUACUUGUUAAUUACAAUCCACCUUCACGAUGUUUAUCAACAAAAUACUCUUCUCAAAUCUUUACUCAUGAUUUACGCUUUAUGGAGAUUCGUAUAGCUUUACUUUGUUGUUUUUAUUAUUGUGCCAGAUUGAUUAAAGAAUAUAAGGAGCAUGAUUUAAAAUUAUCUUCUGGAGCUAAUGAUCAUAAUCUUCAGUAUGAUAUUCAAAAUUCAAAACAUCUUAUAAAAUUGGAUAUUCAUUUAAAAAACCUUAAAGAAAUUAAUUUCAAUUUAGACAUAAGUCCUUCUAUUCCAGUACCAAAAAAUGUUUUUGGAAGUUUUUUUGAAUCAAAAUUAAUAAUUUUUGAAAAAUUAAAAUGUUCAUUAUCUGUUGUUAUAAAAUUUAUAGAAUUAAUUCAUUCAAUAGCAAUUGUUGAAAUAAAUAAUUCUUUAGAAAAUCAAUUAUCAAUUAAAUUAAAAAAUGAUGUAACCAAUUUGAACAAUCAAUAUGAAUUAGCAAUUAACAAUUGUCAAUGUAUUAUUGAUAAAACAAUUAAUGAAGUUGAUCCAAAUAUGAAAUUAGAAGGCAGAAAAGAAGUUUUGGAAGUACUUUGUGUUAUGAUUGAUAUGACUAAUUGUUCUUGUGUGUUAACUUCAAUGGCAAUACAUUUAAUGAAUAAUUUACAAAAUAGAGUAAUUUUAGAUCCUAAAAAAAUUAAAGCUAAACGAAAAAAUCAAUGUGUGGACCAAAAUGAAACUGUUUUCAAAGACAAAUCAGAAACUAUAAGAAGUAUUAUUGGAAUUGUACAAAAUAGAACUAAUCAAUUACUUGCAAUUACUAAGAAUUUAGAAAAAGAAUGGAAUCAUUUAGGUUGCAGUAAUGCUAAUGGAUUAAUGUUAAAAAAAUUUGAUUUAAACUCAUCAUACAAUAUUGCAGAAGAAGAUCAAGAAACAAAAAAAAUUAGACAAAUCACAGCUGAUAGAUGGAAGCAAUUAGUUGAUACAAUUGAUAAAAAAAUUAAUAAUAGUUAUAGUGGUUCAUUAGAUGAAAUAAUUAAGACUUUAAAAAAAAAACAAAUUCUUAUCAACAAACUAUCAGUAUGUUAAAUAUAUAUUUGUUUAAAAUCUAUUUUGUAAAUAUAUAAACUGUAUAUUGAAAAA